CGGUAUUUGACAUGUGAUCACCCACUCCCUCCGGAUCGGUACAAUAAUAGGGUUUAGGAGCACUUACGGUUUACCGGUUUCUUGCAUGUUUCCCAACUUGGAGUAGUUCAUUGUCAAAGUGCACUGGUAAAUGCACUAGUCGAAAGGUGGCACCCAGACACAUAUACCUUUCACCUUCCUGUUGGUGAAUGUGCAGUGACACUGGAAGAUGUUGCUCUUAUCCUUGGUCUUCUAACAGAUGGUCUUCCAGUCACAGGGAUGACUAUGAGUAGUUUUGAAGCCCUAGAGGUGGAGUGUUUGCAGCAAUUUAGGGUUGCACCGAGGAAGUCAGACUGUAGAGCAAGCUGCAUAAAACUGACCUAGCUUCGAGAUCUUAAAGAAAGAAUACAGUUGGUUGACAAAACCAGCAUGCAGAGGUACGUGAAGUGCCACAUUAUGCUAUUAUUUGGUACAGUGUUGUUUGGUGAUAAGUCUGGGGCAUCUGUGCACUAGAAGUUCUUGCCUUUGCUUCGUGAUUUUGGUAGUAUCGGACAGUACAGCUGGGGAUCUGCAUGCCUGGCACACCUGUACAGGUCAUUAUGCAGGGCAUCUUGUUUUGACUGCAAGGAAAUCGAUGGUCCGCUAACACUUUUGCUAACUUGGGCUUGGAUGCGUCUCCCAUAUCUAGCGCCGGUUCCUCGAGAACCCCGCAGUUUUCCGCUUGCAAACAGGUGGCGUAACUGGGAGCGUGGAGACCGACGCUUUAGGUACCUUACACUAGAGCAUUUUAGAAAAAACUUGGAUGAUCUCCAGGAAGGCCAGGUGUGUGGUUAUUAAAGAAGUAACUGAUUCGGGUUUAGUGUUAAUGUUAUCUGGGUUGUAAUAAUCUGUUUCCCUUAUUUAUCGCAAUUUGUGUGGCUUGCUUAUGCUAUGGAUCGCAUUGAUCCGGAUAUAAUUCCUGCAGAUAUCUACAUGCACUCGGUUGUGUGGAGCGCUACGGUGCCUCUAGUGUCUUUUGAAAUCAUUGAAUGGCAUGCAACCGAUAGAUUUAGGAGACAGUUUGGUUUCGUUCAGGGAGUUCCUCAUCAGGAAUGGAAUCUUGACAAGGCACACGGAAUGGUCUUGACUGGUCCUAAGAAUCUUGACUGGGCAACGGCCACGACUCAUUCGUUUUGGGUGAUGCAGUGGACAAACAGGUAUAACCAUAUUCUUACUGAGCUUCUCAUGCCUCCACAGCAUCCGUUGGAGAUUUACAUGUAUUGGUACCGUGCAAGAUAUGGCAACCACUUGAAUCUGUCAGAUCGUGUGGGUCAAGAGAAUGAGGAGGGUAAUGAAGUCAUGGAUGAUGACAAUGGAGAACAGGAGCCACAGUCACCGCCUCCUCCACCUCCACCUCCACCUCCACCUCCACCUACACAAGAACAACCGCAAUACUCAAACCCAUAUGUACCGCAAAUACAGUUUACCACAUCAUAUCCAAUACAUCAGCAGUAUUGGGGUACUCUACAGCUUGACUCAGGAGAUGGAGCAUCUUUUAGCCAGUUACUUGGAUUCAAGGCUGUAGAAGCAGGCCAAUCACAGUACGGCCAUCAACCUGAUUUCAUGCCUGGUAGGUAUUCCUUGGACGCGAUGCAUUCAUACCGCACUUCCUCGGUUAGUACUGAAGGGUUGGUAUCUGGUGACUCAAGUAGGAGUGAUGGUGGUAGAGGAAUUCUUAAUAGUCAAAACUCUCAUUGUGUUUCAAUGGGUCUAAUUGAAGAAAAUGUUAAUACAGCUGAUCUAGAGAGGGAUGAGUAUCUAGUUGAUAUCCCGGAUGACGAGAAUGACGAUGAGGAGGAAGAUGAAGAGAUGAACGAAGAUGAAGAAUCGAAUAAUGAUGCUUUCGGUGAUGGUGAGGUACGUACUCCAGCUGGAGCAGGGAAAUGCUACAAUCUUAGGGUUGAUCUGCCACGUCAUAGCGCUAAUCGAUACACUCCAUCCAUGUUCAAAAGGAUCUCCAAAAAAUGCAAGGAUCUUGUGGACGACAUAAAGUGGGCAAGGAGAAAGUAGAUUUCGUGUAUUUAGUAUUAUUACAGUGUACAUCAUCAAACACUUUUCCAUGUAUUGUUUAAAUGUUCUAUGGAUUGUUACAAUGCAAAUUAUGUAAUACUUGUCUAUCGAACAUGGCAUACAGUAGUUUGAUAUCAGUUACAAUGUUUCAAGUAACAUACUUUAUGGCAAAGAUAAGUUAUACAGGGUAGAAAAUAUCAUAGCAUACUUGGAUUUAACACGAAAUACAAAAUCUACUGAGCAUCAUUGUCGGCAUUUGCACCACUUGCCUGACGGCAUCUACUAUGGCUGUGUCCCUUAGCCCCACAUUGCCUACAUAUCCUAGGACGACGUAACAUUCACGUGUCCAUCUCGUUCAAGAAGCACGUCAUCCUUGGAUGACAUUUGGUAACUCGCCUUAGGUACAGAUUUGGUACGAAGUAAGGCCCGUUAUAAGCAGGCCAUGUAGUAGGAUUCCCCAGUGGCCUAAACCUGGCUUGGUAAACCGUCAGACUUGGUCCAUAUUAUACACCUCAUGAACAUAAACCUGCCAAUCUAAUCGUUGAUUUGCACAACAUGCAAAAACAUGCCUACAAGGAAUUCGGUCCACCUGGAACUCACUGCAGUCACAUCGUUGUCGACGGAGGUCGACGGCAUACUCCACUUCACUUGGCAUCUCACGCACUUCAAAGACCUCAUUCUGCCUGUCGAAGCAAUUC